AUGUCACCGGCCAUAAUCAUUCACCACUAUUAAAAUCUAAGCCGUGCUUCUAGUCCUAGUCAUGCUUAUCUUCUCCGUCUUCAAGACACUGACAGAUCAACGAGUAACCGUCGAGUUGAAGAACGAUCUCUCGAUUACAGGAGUCCUGAAGUCGGUAGACCAAUUUCUCAACAUCCGUCUAGACUCGAUCAAUGUACUGGACGAGGCGAGACACCCACACAUGAUGGCGGUGAAAAACUGCUUUAUUCGCGGUUCCGUUGUGAGGUAUGUGCAGCUCCCUGCAGAACACGUCGAUACUCAGUUGCUGGAGGACGCGACGCGACGAGAGGUUGCUGCUCAAGGCAAACGGUGACAGUCGUGCCCCGUCUGCUGAAGGGGCAGAGUUCUGCCAAUGGAUGGCGUCGCAGUACUCGACAUCUUACAGGAAU